ACCAAAGGCGCAGUAGCGGAUCUUUGACUCGAAAACCGUUGCUGGGUCAAGGACAAAGACAAGUGCAUCUUUCCGCCAUCUCGAUUCACACGCUUCCAAAUCUGACUACCUUUCUCUUAAUCUUUAGAUAGCUCUAUACCGUUUCACACAGACCCUCCCACCAUGCCUUCCGCAUCGAAGGAAAAGCGCCUUGCGAAGCGUGCUGCUGAGGGGAAGGAGAAGAAAACGGUCGCCUCGCGCUCCAAGGCAAACUCCAAGAAUGCCAGCAAAGCGGGAUCCGUGAACGGCGAUGAGCCCGAACUCGACGCCAACGGAAACCCGAUAGAGGUCGAUGAACCCGCCACCACGGCCGACAAGAUGGAUGAGGUUAAGCGUCUGGCCGAGCAGCUCGACAAACAUGGCCUCUCGGACCGCGUCACUACUGGUGUCCUGGCAUCAACCCCCACCAGCAAGGACGUCAAGAUUACCAGUGUCAACCUGACAUUCCACGGUCGGGUGCUUAUCACAGACUCCAUCCUCGAGCUCACCCUUGGCCGGCGCUACGGCUUGCUGGGUGAGAACGGUUGCGGCAAGAGUACGCUCCUGAAGGCUAUCGCCGCCCGCGAGUACCCGAUUCCCGAGCACGUCGAUAUCUAUCUACUCAACGAGGGUGCCCCUCCGUCCGAUUUGGGUGCUCUUGAAUGGGUUGUCAAGGAGGCCGAGCUCGAGAUGGAGCGUCUUGACCAGCUGGCCGAAAAGCUGCUCGAGGACGAAGGGCCCGAAUCUCCUGUUUUGAUGGACCUUUAUGAUCACAUGGAGAAGAUGGACCCUUCCACCUUUGCGACCCGUGCUGCCCUUAUCCUGACCGGCCUGGGUUUCAACAAGCAGACAAUCCACAAGAAGACCAAGGACAUGUCCGGUGGCUGGAGGAUGCGCGUUGCCCUUGGUAAGGCUUUGUUUGUCAAGCCGACCCUGCUCCUCCUCGACGACCCUACUGCCCAUUUGGAUCUCGAGGCAUGCGUGUGGCUGGAGGAGUAUCUCAAGAAGUGGGAGCGUACCCUUGUCCUGGUCUCUCACUCCCAGGAUUUCCUCAACGGCGUCUGCACGAAUAUGAUUGAUAUGCGGCAAAAGAAGCUUAUCUACUACGGCGGCAACUACGAUUCUUACGUCAAGACCAGGUCGGAACAAGAGACGAACCAGAUGAAGGCGUACCACAAGCAACAAGAAGAGAUUGCUCACAUUAAGAAAUUCAUCGCCAGCGCUGGUACAUACGCCAACCUAGUCAGACAGGCCAAGUCUCGGCAAAAGAUUCUGGACAAGAUGGAGGCCGACGGCUUCAUCCAGCCUGUCGUUCAGGACAGGGUCUUCACAUUCCGCUUUGCGGAUGUCGAGAAGUUGCCGCCGCCCGUCCUGUCCUUCGACAACGUGACUUUCUCCUACUCCGGAAAUCCCGAGGACGAUUUGUACCGUAAUAUCGACCUUGGUUUUGACAUGGAUUCACGGACGGCGCUUGUGGGCCCGAACGGUGUGGGCAAGUCCACACUCUUGCGUCUCAUGACCGGCAAGCUCUCUCCGACCGCUGGCAGCGUGACGAGGCACACGCACUUGAAGCUCGGCCUCUACUCUCAGCACUCGGCCGAGCAGCUGGAUCUCACCAAGUCGGCACUCGACUUCGUGCGCGACAAGUACAGUGAGAAGUCGCAGGAUUACCAGUACUGGAGACAACAACUCGGUAAAUACGGCCUGACAGGAGAUGCCCAAACGUCGCUGAUGGGCACCCUGUCCGACGGUCAAAAGAGCCGUAUCGUUUUCGCUUUGUUGGCCAUCGAUGGUCCCAACAUGUUGCUACUGGACGAGCCGACGAACGGUCUAGAUAUCCCUACCAUCGACAGUUUGGCCGAUGCCAUCAAUGCCUUCAGUGGUGGUGUCGUUGUCGUCAGUCACGACUUCAGGUUACUGGACAAGAUUGCCAAGCAGAUUCUCGUCUGCGAGAAUAGGACAAUUCGGCAAUGGGACGGCACGAUCGCCGAGUACAAGAACUACCUGCGGAAGAAGAUGAUCUCCGCGGGAGCUGUUUGAAGGAGUUGAGUUCGUUGAGUUGGUGCAUCAAAGGUACCUAUAGGCGAAGGUUGAAUGACAACCAGGGCGCGUUUGCGAACAACCCGCUUAGGACGGGUCAGAGAGCGCCCUCCGAGUGGGAAAAGCAAGCCGCUCCGCAGCGCCCAGAGAUCGCGCAGAAAGCGCUCGGAGCGUGGGAAAAAGGAGGGUUGGAUUGAUCAGAAUGCUGAUGGCUUUUUGUGCGACCGUGAAGUUCUUUUUGGGACGGAUAGACUCUGUGAUUUUCUGGCUUGUGCUACUCAUUUCGGCCCUUCAUUAUGUAUUUAGAUACAUCCCAAUCGCCGAAAAAUGAGCAGCGACGAGCCGGGUUGAGCACAUCUUCAAGUUCA